AGAAACAGCCAAGAGGGAUGUACUCAGGUGAGGUUGUGGAAUAACAGCUGUGUGGAGACAGACUGCCCAAACAGAACAGACUUACACAUCUGCACUUGAAAGGAAGGAGAGAGAGAGAGAGAGAGUGCACUGGCUCUGAGGGAUUGGGAAGAACGAAAUGUUGGAACUGGUUGCUCUCGCCUGACCCCCGACCCUAGCAUUGGUGCCAGCCUCGUCUGUGUCAGGUUGGAACUGCUAAUGACAGCAUUAAACCUCUGAGCUCAGAUGUAAAGGCUGUCCAUUUGCUUUUGCAUCGCCUUUGAUCUGAAUAUGGACUAGAAUGGAUUAACAAGACCACUGGGGAGAACAGUCAGUUACAAAAAAGAAACAUUAAAACAUAUUUCAAAAAUUUUAUUGAGAUUAUAUGCCGGACUGCAAUAAAGCACCAGCCCUGGUUAUAAUCAAGCAACUGCUAACAGGGAAGGAAAUCUGCCAUCCUCAUCUGGUCGGGCUUUCAUGUGAAUCCAGACCCACAGCAAUGGGUUUGACCCUCAACUGCCCUACACAAAGGCCGGUCGUGUCCCUGGACAAUGCUUGACGAACAGCAAAAAGAAUGAUGGCUGGCCAUGUUGGCAGACUCUGUUAAGGGGAUAACUCUGUAGCAACAGUCACAUGAAAGCAAAUUGAAAAAUGAUCAGCUUGUGCCUGCAGUCCAUCACCGUGGCAACAGUCGUCUUUCUGUUGCUUACAACAGCAGUAACCUCAGCACAUUUCCGUGUUUGUGAGCCUUACGCAGAUGUCAAAGGGCGCUACCACUUCGGCUUCCAUUGUCCUCGUCUUUCGGACAGCAAAAGCUACAUGCUGUGUUGUCAUCACAACAGUACGACCUUUAAGUAUUGCUGCAAUGAGACAGAAUUUCAGGCAGUCAUGCAGCUCAACAUGACGGGACAGGCAGAGGGCUACAUGCACAAUAACUACAGUGCACUGAUUGGAGUAUGGAUUUAUGGGUUUUUUGUCCUAAUCCUGCUUGUACUGGACCUUCUCUACUACUCUGCCAUGAAUUAUGAGAUCUGUCAAUUUUACUUGUCUAAGUGGGGAAUCCGAGGCAGCUGGCUGAAGCAGGAUGAGGGCCAGUGGAACAGUUCUACUCAGGCCCAGGCCCAGACUCAGGCCCAGGCACAGGCCCAGGCCCAGGCUCCAGCCCAGCCCCAGUCCCAGGCUCCAGCUCCAGCUCCAUCACCAUGGCCCAUGCAGAUGUUGAAGGCAGAUGCUCCGAGUCCAGUCUUGAUGUCUUUUCAAAGUUCAACUGCAUGAUGCAGAAUAGUGCCUGGAUAUCGCGAGAAGACAAGAGGGAACCAUUGAAAUACAGCAAGAGGAUCAUCUCAGUGACACAUCUGUAGAGUGAAGUAGCUGAUAGAGGACAUGGUGCUUGAUCUUGAUCCUGACUGUACAGAUAUUCCCAAAAUGGACUGAACUAGUAGCUCAUGUGAUUGAGUAUCUGGUAACUGAGUGCAAAAUUGGGAAACGUGUUUACUCAACUGAAUGUGACGUGUAAGCAAUAGUCUUCAUGUAGAACAAAAACACAGUAAACUGUGUGCACUCCAAAAUAUUCACCAUUACCUUGUCAUUAGUGUUCCUCAAGGCUGUGCAGAGUUAUAUUUCCAUACCCAGGGCACACACACCAUCUCUUUACCAAAUUUCUCAUUGCAUGAUAAAUGAACACUAGCUGGGUAAAAUAUUCUCUGAGGACUCACGUAACUUCUGGUCUGUAUCAGUUUACCUCUCACUCUCUGAUAUUACAAAAUGACUUCAGCCUUGGAACACAUUUUGGAAUAUCUCUGUUUUAAUCAUCUAUAAUUUGUAUUUUUAAAUUUGCAGCUUUACAUUUCGUUGCGUUUUGCAUGAGCUUCAUUCUGUUGCCACUGAGUGGAACCAUGGCAAUAUUCGAUGACAGGAAGAAUUGUUCUUGCUGUCAGCUGACAGGAACAGAGUUUUGACUGAAAUGUUACGCCCUGUUUCUGUUUUACAGAAUUCCUAGAGUGAGGGCUGAAUUAUAGAAUAUUUUCUUAUACAAUCAUGGUUAAGACAUACUUUAGUGACUUGCCAUUCAAAUAUAUUGAUCCAAAAUCAAGAAGUGGUCCAAUAACUCUGGAAAUUAUUAUUUAUAAGUUAAAGUGUAGAUACUUGUCCUGGGUGAUGGUGAUGGAAGUGGAUGAUCAGGUGCCUAUUAAUCCUACAGCUGAUUGCUAUCAGUGGAAUUAAACACUAAGUGCUGAAUAUAACAGGCGGCUGAUCUAAUAAUUCCUCUUUUUGUUUUUGCACCACUGCUUAAGACAAAUGAUAUAUUUUGGGGUGGCACAGGCACUGGUUAGCCGUGUUGCCUCACAGCACCAGGGCCCCAGGUUCGAUUCCAGCCUGGGCCAACAGUCUGUGUGGAGUUUGCAGAUUCUUCCCAUGUCUCUGUGGGUUUUCUCCGGGUGCUCCAGUUUCCUCCCACAAUCCAAAGAUGUGCAGGUCAGGUGAAUUGACCAUGCUAAAUUGCCCAUAGUGUUAGGUGCAUUAGUUAGCGAGAAAUGGGUCUGGAUGGGUUACUCUUCGGAGGGUCGGUGUGGACUGGUUGGGCUGAAGGGCCUAUUUCCACACUGUAUGGAAUCUAAUCUAAUCUCCCUUAUCUAAUUUGUCAACUGUCUUCAGCUACCCAUUGUCCCGAUCUCUCAACACUGCCCUGAACUCUUGUCUUUCCUUAAACUCAACCAGCCCGGACUCAACUUUUACAUUGUCCAUACUGCUCAGGUUUCCACAAAUACAUUUAUCCAAAUGCAAUUCCAUUUAAAAACCUAAGGCAGAAAUUAACUCAAAAUCUUAAAGACUCUGUAAUCUUAUUAUAUUGCCACUAAUCUCCCAGGCAAAGUUGGAGACAGCAAGAUUUAAUUUAGAACGUAUAUUGCUGGUGGUUCAUGUAAUGGGUAUUUCAUCCAGACUGGAAAGUCAUAUACAGUAGUCAAGGCCCCUCCUAUUAACUCAGUAGCUUCUGUCUGAGUCAGCUGACUUGAAUCAGUGAUUGACGGCCAAAAAGACAAAGUACAAAAAUAAGGUACACUGUCUUGAUAAGAAAAAGGACUAUCUGUUUGAAUAACAGUGAAUUGUGUCAAUGAAAUAUUUUGAUAAUAUUGCCCUUCAAAUCCAAAAUAGCAAGGAAGUGAAUGAAGCAAACCUGAAUUUAAUCAGCCCAUUGUUCAUUGGUGGAAAGCGUAUGGUUCACACAUAAGUGAACCAUAGAAUGAAACACUAGAUGUGUUGACUGAAGUACAAACCCUGAUAAACCAGCAGCACCUACUCUCGUUCCUGUUAAUGUGACUUACCUGGGGUGUUCAGUAAUGAUAAUAGGACAUGAUCAGUCGAUCACUGAAGAUCUAAAACAAAAUCAGCAUUGUGUGAUAAAGUGUAUAACCACUUUGUGGUUUUCAGCUGUGGUAGCAUUGUACUGGUUCAGCAUCAGGGAUUAGCCAUUAGUUGGUCAUAAGCAGCAGAAAAUAUUUCAUUGUGGACCUGACAGAAAAGAAAAUAUUUGCAAGGGCUUUAGUGAUCUGGUCAUAGGAAUUGAUCACUCCGUGUUCUUAUUGUAAAAUAUGUGAUCUGCCUGGAUGGACAAGAAAUACAUAAAAUGGGAAUGGAGAAAAUAUUUUUUAAAACAUCAUCAAACAAAAAAAAGGUGGGAAGAAAGAAGAGUGAAGAAUAGAAGGGUGCAAUAUAUAGCAAUGUUGUCCAAACAACAAUGUUCUACCCCUCAUAAUAUCUAAAUCAGAUAAUUCGGAAUAUCUGAAUCAAUGACAUGCAAUUCAGAACCAACAUUUUCCCCACUUAUCCUGGAUCAGCAACUCAGGAAAAGACAAUGAUGUUGAUUUUUGGGCAUAGAGUUCCAGACCUGACCAGUCUCAUUGGGUAAUGUCCUUUAAAAAUGUGAUGCUUUAAUCCUCAACUGAAGUCCGUAUUUUCUGCAUUUAAUGCAUAGAGCAGACAUUGACAUUUCAAAGAUGAUCAACCAUUGUAGUUGGUAUUUAAUGAAAUCAAAUAUAACACAGCAUCAACUUCACUAAGCUAUCAUCAAUAAUUGUUUAUCAUUGUCAUUUAUUCAUGUAUUUACUAUCCCCUACCUGUAAUGAACAUAAAUCUGUGAAGUGCAAUUGUCGUGUUGCAGUUCAUGUGUGGGGUGGUGGAAUGCCUUCAGAUGUAAAAUAUUAACCAUGGGAGUGCCAUCCAUGCAUUCUCUAUGGUUACCUCAAGGUUUUAUAUGGAAGGAUUGAAAUUAACUUUGCACUCCCUUUAAGCAGGAACAGUUGAGAAAUGAUUCGACAGUGUCUCACAUCAGUCAUGUCAUAUUCAGUGUUUGUGAAGUAGUCUGAGCUUUAAGCAGUACACACCAGAUAUACAAUACCAUGCUGUGGAGAACACUGUGUAGCUUUCGCUAAGUAUUGUGGUCAGUUGACCAUGAGUGUACAGAUACUCAGUAAUGGUACAGUGUUAGGCGUAUGAACUGGGUUCUGUGUCCAAGUAUAUUAUAUUGUAUCUGAUGUAUACAAAUGUCACAAAGUGUAACAACAUGGGACAUAACAGUGCCAAGACACAAAUGUCUUGAAUUAGAUUAUUUAUUUCAAUGUGUAUGUGUUUGCAUUUGUCAAACUCACAGUUUUAAUGGGAAACAGAAACAUUGUACACUGACAAUCUGUUUUUGCGAUAGACUGCUUAAAUAAACACAAGUUAAGUGAAUAUAUCCAUUAAAGUGACAAGAUAUUGUAAACCUGGAGCAAUUUUGUCUCUAGUCCCAAUGCAUUCAUACCUGUCAAC